AUGAAGUUAGGUGUCAACCGUAGUAACGGGCACAUUUGGUCUCUUACGUCAUGGACAUGCGUUAACUACCCACCGCCGGGGCCUUUCAUCCUAGAUUGGGACCCAACUGCCCGCCAAUUGGAAAUUCGGAGAGAAGGGGUGGUUUAUUGGAGAAGCGGAAACUAUAGUGCUACAAACAACAGAUUCCAAAACAUUUUGCCGAAUGCAAAGGUUAGCUACAAGUUUAGCAUUGUUUCAAAUGAGAAUGAAGACUACCUCACUUACACUUCAGAAGAUGAUCAGUGUGGAGGCUACAACACAGAUGGAGUAGGGUGCCAGACAACUGGCCGGCCAACUACUUGUAUGGCGGAUUUCGGCAGUCCAUUUGGGCUAAAAAAAGGUUCCUUUAAACCAAUCACCUCAAGUUCAGCUUCAAGAUGCCCAUACUCGCUCAACUUUGUAUCAAAUGGAAGUCACAGUGGUACUAGUAUUGACUGUAACAAUACUUGUUUGCAAAACUGUGACUGCCUUGGAUUCGACUUUCUAUUUGAUAAUCAGACUGGAUGCCGAUUUUGGAGUGUGGACUGUGAGUUCGUUGUAGACCGCACUCAACCUGGUAAUGCAAGCAAUUUGGUUUUGACAAAGCUAAUGCCAACAGCAAAAUCACCACCAAGCAAAAGUGGUGCAACCCAUAAAUGGAUUUGGAUUGGGGUUGCUAUUAGUGCUGCUCUAGUGAUAAUGGCCUUUUCCAUCUUGUGCUAUCUACGAAGAAGAAUAAGAAAAUCUACACUUUCAGAUCCGAUCCACCAGGAUCAAUUGCUCAACUUCAAGAGGCCUACUGAUUUGAAUGUACUUCAAAAUGAUGGAAAGAUGGGACAUGAUUUGAGCGUAUUUAGCUAUGCAUCUGUAAUGGCUGCCACAAUCAACUUCGCUGAUGAAAACAAGCUUGGAGAAGGGGGCUUUGGACCUGUUUAUAAGGGGAAAUUGGCAACGGGACUAGAAAUACAUACAAACCUUGUCCAGCUUUUUGGAUUUUGCAUUCACGGUGAAGAGAGGAUGUUGAUAUAUGAGUACAUGCCAAACAAAAGUCUGGACUAUUUUUUAUUUGAUUCAAUCAGAGGUGUUUUUCUGGAUUGGAGCAAGCGUUUCAGCAUAAUUGAAGGAAUCGCUCAAGGAUUCCUUUAUUUGCACAAAUUCUCAAGAACAAGAGUAGUUCAUAGAGAUCUAAACGCUAGUAACGUACUACUUGAUGAAAAUAUGAACUCCAAAAUUUCAGAUUUUGGUAUGGCAAGGAUUUUCUCCAUUAAUGAUCUGGAAGCAAAUACUAGUAGGAUUGUUGGGACACGUGGUUACAUGCCUCCUGAGUACGCAAUGGAAGGAAUUUUCUCUACAAAAUCCAAUGUCUACAGUUUUGGAGUGUUAGUGCUUGAAAUCAUAAGUGGUCGGAGAAACAAUAGCUUCUACAAUGAUGAUCGCGCCAUCAGUUUAGUAGGAUAUGCAUGGGAGUUGUGGAAAGAAGGCGCAGGGCUACAACUAAUGGUUCCAGCACUAGCUGAUUCGUGUACUAACAAAGAUAAACUGUUAAGAUGCGUUCAAGUUGGUCUUCUAUGCGUGGAGGAUAGUGCAGCGAAUCGACCUACCAUGUCAGAUGUGCUCUCCGGGUUGACAAAUGAAAGCUCACCAUUACCUGCACCUACAAAACUAGCAUUUUCUACCGAUAGACAUGCGGUCAUCAGUAGUAUAGUUGAGAAGGAACCACAAAUUUUAUCUGUAAAUGAUGUGACCAUUUCUGAUUGUGAUGGACGUUAA